AUGUUCAUCAAAGAGAUAGUUCUUGAUGGGUUCAAGUGCUAUGAGGAGAGGACUGUGGUUGCAGGAAUUGACUGCUCGUUCAAUGCAAUAACCGGGAUGAACGGAUCCGGAAAGUCGAAUGUGCUUGACGGGGUUUUGUUUGCGCUUGGGCUUGAGACUGCUAAGGCGUUGCGUGCAGACAGCCUGAAGGAGCUUGUGAAUGUGCACAGGAGCGAAUGCAGGGUGGACGUUGUGUUUUGCAACAAGGAGAAGGGCAGAAGCCCGCCGGGAUAUGAGCAUUGCGACGAGAUCCGGGUUUCGCGGACGAUUGAUGCGGAUGGAAGAACGAAGCACUAUGUGAAUGGCCAUGUGUGCACACAGUCUGGGCUGAGUAAGUUCUGUAUGUCGAUGGGGCUGCAGUCGCGAGGAAUGCUGUCGUCUGUGGUGAUGCAGGGGCACAUAACACGAAUUCUGAGCAUGAAGAGUGACGACUUGAAGAAUUUUGUGGGAGAGGCGGCAGGAACAAGGUGUUACGAGAGCGAGAAGGAGAAGGCGAUGCAGGCGAUUGAAAAGAAGGAGGCGAAGCUGAGGGAUGUCAGCGAGAUGCUGAAGAGGAGGAUUUCGCCGUUUUAUGGCAAGCUGCGUGAGGAGCGCACAAGGUAUGUUGAAAGCAGGGAUGUUGAUGAGAGGAAGAAGCGCCUGGCGGAUGACUUGGAUGAAGUGUGCUAUUUGAUGUGCAUGUGCGAUGCGGAGUGUGCAGUUAGAGGGCUGGUAGAGUAUGUGGAGAAGUAUGGCGGUGGAGCUGGACGCAUUGAGGAGAAUGAGAGGAUAAUUGAGAGGAUGAGGAGAAUGGAUGAAGAAGGGGAUGUGAUGUGGGCCAAGGCGGCGAUGGAUGAGGAAAGGCUUAAGAUUGAAGGGAUGAAGCGUAAAGGAGUGAAGGAGAUGAUGAUCAGAAAGGAGGAGGAGCUUGCAGCAAUGAAAGAGAUGAGUGCAAAAUAUGACAUGAAUGAGCUGAUUGCGAGGGAAAGUGUGCUGGUUGAGAGUCUUGGAGAUGUUGAUGCAGGGUUGCAUGAUGUGGUGAGUAAGGCUGAGGAGCUUGCGAGCUUGAAGCGCAUGAGGUCUAAGAUUGAUGUUGAGCUGAGCCUGAUGGGAGAAGUGUGUUUUUGCCAGGAGAGGCUGGAGGAGAUUGAAAGGCUGAGGGUUGAUGAGGAUGAGAUGGAGAAGAUGCGGAAGAGAUUGUAUGGGAUGAGGUCUCGGAUCAACUAUCCGUUUAUUGAAGGAGUUUUUGGAACGGUGGAUGAGAAUUUUGAGAUAUGCGACAUGAAAUACUUUGAGGCGAUAUGUGUAGCGAUGGGAGGCCGGGGGAAGUAUGUGAUAACGUGCGAUGAGAAGGUUGGAGGGAAGGUGCUGAACGGAGCUGAUAGAAGUGUUAGUGUGAUACCGCUUUCGAAGAUCCGAGCGAAUAGAAAUGAUGAAGGAGUGGAGAAGGCGAUUAGGAUGGAGAAAGGGAUAUGGGCGGUUGAUCUGCUGCGAUUCGAUGGAAGUGUGCGGAAGGCGAUUGAGUUUGUGUUUGGCAAUUUUUUUGUAUUUGAGGAUGGGGAAGUAGCAAGGAGGGUAUGUUUUGAGAAGAAGGUGAUGUGUGUGACGGUUGAUGGAACAGUGUAUGACCCGCGUGGGAUGGUGAGCGGAGGAAGGAAUGUAAUGAGGGUAGAUGUGGUGCGCAGGAAGGAGAUUGAGGAGAUUGAAAGGGAGAUUGGAAGGAUGGCAAUGAACAAGCUGAGGUUUGAUGAGCUGCGAAACGAGUAUGAGGAAGUUCUGAGGAUGAAGGAGGCUGAUGCACGAAGGAGAAUGCUUGGAGAGGAGAAGAAGAAGAUUGAUGCAAGGAUGAGUGUGAUAUCUGAUGUGUAUGGGGAGAAGAUUGACAUUAGGAAUGAGCUGAAGGCAGUGAGGGAGAAUAUGAUUAUAGCGAAGAGAGAGAUGAAUGAGACGAAGAGGAUGAGUGAUCGCAAGAGGGAGGUGAAAGAGGAGAUAAGAAUGCUUGAGGAGUUGAAAAUGAAGAAUGAAGAGGAGACGAGGGUAUGCGAGCAGAGGAUAUGCGAGUACCAGAAAAUAGUUGAAGGAUAUGAGGAGAAGAUGAGUAUGAAGAUUAGGAAUGAUGGUGAGAUAGAAAGGCUGGAGGAAGAGAACAGGGGGCUGAACAGGGAAAUAGGAAGGAUGAGGAAUAAGAUAAUGAAAGCAUAUGGAGAGCUAGAGAAGAUGAUUAAGGAAGUAUGCAGUGAAUGGGAUGUUUUUGAUGAAAGCAUGAUGGUUGAGAAUGGAUUGAAGAAUGCUAUAAUGCGGCUGGGGCUUGAUGAGAGGUAUUUUUGCAUACGGAGGAUUAGGAUGGAUGAAGAAGGGAGGCGAAGGCUUAUGGAGAAGAAAAGAGUGAUUGGCGAGGAGCUAGUGAAGCUUGGAGGAGUGCGGCGAAGCACUAUGGAUCCGUCCAACUUUGAUUUGCUGGAGCGGAACGAGCUGAUGGUUGAGGAUCUGCAGGAGAAGAUAUGCAAGUUAGAGAAGGACAAGGCAGCAAUUAGUGAGAGUGUGAUGAAGCUUGAUGAUCUUGGACUGAAUGAAAGGCAAAAAGCAUUUAGGCAUAUUAACGGACGACUUGGGAAAUUUCUUAAGUAUUUUAUACCUGAUUCUGAUGCAAGGAUUGAUGAGGAGGCAGGGGAGUAUGUGCUGAGAGUGAAGAUUGGUAGUUGGAAGGAGUGCUUGGAGGAGCUGAGCGGAGGGCAGAGGUCUCUUGUGGCGUUGAGCCUGAUAUUUUCGAUGCUUGCAUACCGGCCGUCGCCAUUCUAUGUGUUUGAUGAGAUAGACUCUGCGUUGGAUCUUAGCCACACACAAAGUAUUGGGGAGAUAAUACGGAAUGAGUUUGGAAAUGCACAGUUUCUGGUUGUGUCUUUGAAGAACGGGAUGUUUGACAGUGCAAACAGCAUAUUUAAGGUGUUUAUGCAGGAUGGGAAGUCGAGGAUAUGUAAGAUCAAGUGA